CAUGUACUGUGUGGUGAGUUGGAGGUGACAGAGAGCGUGAGGUGAGAAGACACCACCAUGUAGCACUGCACUGUGAAGGAAGCCUCAGGCCCAAGCUGGGCUCCUGCAAGCAAGGCCCAGGGACAGCCCCAGCAGACAUAGGAAGUAAGGAGGCAGGCACUUGCUGACCAGAGGACAGAGGUUUCUAUGGAGACCAGAGGAACAGGAAGCAUGGGGCCCUGGGGGAGGGACAUUGGGAGCACAGAGGCCCGGGUGCCUGGCAGGAGACACUGUCAUAAAAUGUGAAAUCAGCCAGUCUCACAACCUGCUCAGACAAACAAGGAAACUGAGGCCGGUGAGAUGGUUUUGUAUGUGAUCGUGCAGCUCUCGCUGGCCUGGCCUGCCUGCUCUCUGCUGGGAGGGCGCACUUCAGGCAGCUAAGGAGACUCCUGGAUAGAUGUGGACUUGGGGCUGCCUGACAGUGUGUGGGGCUAAGCACUGUGGAAGCACCUGUGAGUGGUCCGUGUCACUGGGAUGUCCUAGCCCGGUUGUCAGUGUGAAUGUGGGACAGCAGGCAGGGCCCAGCCCUCACCGCCACCCACAGAGAGCAGCAGCACCUCCCCCUCACAGACUGUGGCCUUUUGUUUUCUGGGUGACACUAGCAUCAGGUGGUGUGUCCGGGUGACUAAUCUCCUCCAGGCCAGGCAGCUGUCACAGGGUGGCCAUAGAAAGCAGACACUCUGGCAACAGCCAGCGGUCAGGCCUCCCAUCUCUUCUUUCUUAGGUGCAGAGCAGACCUACAGUCAGGCAGACCUGGGUUCAGGUCCCAGCUCCGCCGGACUGGCCAUGUGGUGUGGGCCUGUUACUGCACCUCUUUGCACCUCAGUUUCCUCAUCUCUGUAAUGUGAUAGGGAGCAAUGAGACAUUAAAGUCCUUCUCCCAGGGCUGUUCAUACGAGAGGGGAACAGUAAGUUCUGUCAUCAUUAUCCUUGUUAUGCUUCCUUACCAUUGUCCCAGCCUUGGUGGCCCAAGAGGAAAGCCUCAGUCCCUCUGAGGUGCAGGCUUCGCCAUCAGGUAGACUUUGGUCCCAACACUGGCUCCAUACUGACUUCCUAGGACUUUGGGCACAUCACCUCUCACAUCUCAGUUUCCUCAUCAGAAUGUAAUGUGAGCCACUAUCUGCUCCUUGGGGUUUUAGGGCUUAUAAAAUGUGCCUGACAUGUAGUGGCUCAGUAAAAGCUGUGCUGAUACUGAUUUGAGGAGGAAGUCAAGCAUUAUCUACAUGCCUGCUCCCCAACCCCUGUAGCUCCCUCUUGCCCAGUUGGUCUGAUUUGAGUGGGGCACCUUUUGGAGUCAUGAGACCACAGCCCCAACCUUCUCAUCUGGAGCUGCUGGGGACUCUUAAUAGGCAGAGACUGCCCUGAAUUCUCCUUCCCCAGGCACAGGUGCCACACCUGAGCCCUGAUCACCAACACUCAAAUGCUGUGGCCCCAUCUGCCUCACCCUAAGCAUCCCUGCCCCCAGCCUGAAGCUGCCUGCUCCAGAUCUACAGGGCAAGAGCAAAUCAGAGAGCAGGGUGGGUGGAAAGAGAAGGCAGUGGACAUGUGUCCCUGGCCUGACUCCUGAAGCCACCAUCUCUGCCUUAAUCCUCCUCCCACCCACUGUUUCCCAGGGUACCACCCACCAUGCCCAACUGCUACCCGACCUUCAGCAGGUCAACAUAUUUCUCCUCCCAGCCCCAGGCAGCACUGUCCCAUAACUAGGGCUCUAACUUCACUCUGACUAUCAGGGUCUAGGAUGCAUCCCCUUUCUAGCCCCUCCCCAGGCCCAGUGGUCCAGCCCCAGGAGAGCCCCUGAUGUGGGGCACAGGCAGCCCCUAGCACCUGGGGUGUUGCCACCCUGAGCCAUACCUGGCCUUCUACCCUUUUCCCACUAUUAGGAGAGGUGAGAACACAGGAACCCAAUGCCAGCAGCCUGCAAAGAAGGGAAGGGCAGGGAGGGAGCCGGUCUAAGGAGGCCACUGGAGCAAGGAUGGUGCCCAGCUUCCUGCAGGCUAUUGAGUGGCUCAGUGUUUGGAAUUGUGAGUGUUGGGCCUUUCAGCAUCAGGGCCCAGGACAGUGUGCAGUUUAUGGGUUCCCUCAAUGGCAGAGCAAGAAGGGUUUUCAGGCAUCACUUAGCACUUCACACAUGUGGUUUUCAGGCACACAUAUGGGGUCUCUAUACUCUGCCCCUUCAGAAAGGUAAGGCAUAGCAGUAGAGUUCCAGAAAAUUCUUGUCAUCAGCCCUUCAGAUCUACAGAUGUGCACACACACACACCCAAAAUCCUGAGGCUUUUCUUCUGGCUCAGGCAUCCCCCACAAGUGAAGGAAGAUGGGUGAGUCUCCUCUCCCUACUGAGCCAGCAACUCUCCAGUUUUGUGAGACCUGGUUUCCACAGGACCUUUGACUUUUGAACCAGACAUCAGACCCUUUCCAUUUCUGGGUACCAGCCUCAGGUUGACUAAAUCUGAGUUUCUUUGCAGAAAGCCUGGUUUUAUUAACAUAGCUUGGUUUUUGCCAUAUCUCAGGAGAGCAAACCUAACCUGUCUGAUGUUGAUGGCAAAACAAAUGCCUAGUGAGAGGGAAAACCUUGCCCUAGGCCCAUAGUCCAUCUAGGCAGACUCUCCCAGUUUUCUCUUUUCUUUUCCAUCAGCUUCUGGCAAGGGUGCCAAGGUCCUUCAGGCCCAGGGUGUUAUGGAUUAUGGUUCCUAGGCAAGGGAGGCUGGGGUGGGCAGCCUACCUAGGACUCCUGGGAUAGCCUAGGACAUAACUAGGAAGAAUGCCGGUGUUGCAACAGAUAUAAAUAGAAUCCCCUGCCUCCGGUACCCUAGAGCACCCCAUUCAUGGAGAUCAGAGGCCACAGCUACCCCACCUCUCCUUCCCAAGUGUUGCGUCUCUGCUUGGGGGGCAGAGGGUGGGACUGGGCUCUUGGGUUGCAGAGUGGCCACAUCUUGGUCCAAUUGCUGAUGCUCCAGGUCUCUGCCCAACAGCCAUCACGUGCCUGCCCCUUCCAUGGAGACCUUCUUUAGGAGACACUUCCAGCGAAAGGCACCAGGUCCUGGAGAGAGGCAGCGGCGGCCCUGUGUAGUAGGGCUGCCCACAGGCAAGGCCCGGCGCCGCUCCCCAGCUGGGCAGGCCUCCUACUCACUGGCACAGCGGCGCCGCUCCAGUGCACAGCUCCAGGGCUGCCUCCCAAGCUGCGGGGUGGGGAUCCGGGGCUCCAGCCACCGGCGCUCCAGCACUGUGCCCCCUGCCUGCAAUCCCCGCUUCCUUGUAAAUGCGGCAUCCGCCCCACAGCUGGCCACUGUUGAGGCCCAGCUCCUGGGUGCACCCCUGCUGUUAGCCGGGCUUGCAGGUAUGAAGAAAGAGGAGGGGGUCCUGGAGAAGGAUGUGGCAGUUGGUACAUCAAGUGCCACCCAGCCAGGCACCACAACACCAAGGUCACCCCCACACCGGGGUGCCUGGCCGAUACUGCCUGUGCCCCGUUGCCUACGCCGAGCCUCCUCCCACCUGCUCCCUGCGGACGCAGUAUAUGACCAUGCUCUCUGGGGCUUGCACGGCUACUAUCGGCGCCUCAGCCAGCAUCGACCCUCAGGCCAGCACCUUGGCCCUGGGGGCCGAAGAGCCUCAGGCACCCCCCCGGCUGCCCCCGUGAUACCUGCCCGUGUGCGUCCACUAUCCCGCAGGCGUCAGCUAGCCCUGCGGCGCAAGUCAGCUGGACCCCAGACCUGGAGAUCCCUGCUUGCGAAAGCCAUCACCAAGUCUGGCCUCCCACACCUGGCACCCCCACCCCCUGCCCCGGGGGCCCCGUGCAGCGAGUCAGAGCGGCAGAUCCGGAGCACCGUGGACUGGAGCGAGUCAGCGACGUAUGGGGAGCACAUCUGGUUCGAGACCAAUGUGUCUGGGGACUUCUGCUAUGUGGGGGAGCAGUACUGUGUAGCCAAGAUGCUGAAAUCAGUGUCCCGGAGAAAGUGCGCAGCCUGCAAGAUCGUGGUACACACACCCUGCAUCGAACAGCUGGAGAAGAUAAAUUUCCGCUGUAAGCCAUCCUUCCGGGAAUCAGGCUCCAGGAACGUUCGCGAACCAACGUUUGUACGGCACCACUGGGUCCACAGGCGACGCCAGGACGGCAAGUGUCGGCACUGUGGGAAGGGCUUCCAACAGAAGUUCGCCUUCCACAGCAAGGAGAUCGUGGCCAUCAGCUGUUCCUGGUGCAAGCAAGCACCCCUCCCCCUCCUCCAGUACCACAGCAAGGUGUCCUGCUUCAUGCUGCAGCAGAUCGAGGAACCCUGCUCUCUAGGUGUCCAUGCAGCUGUGGUCAUCCCACCCACCUGGAUCCUCCGUGCCCGCAGGCCCCAGAAUACCCUCAAGGCAAGCAAGAAGAAGAAGCGAGCAUCCUUCAAGAGAAAAUCUAGCAAGAAAGGGCCUGAGGAGGGCCGCUGGAGACCCUUCAUCAUUAGGCCUACCCCCUCUCCCCUCAUGAAGCCCCUGCUGGUGUUUGUGAACCCCAAGAGUGGGGGCAACCAGGGCGCUAAGAUCAUCCAGUCCUUCCUCUGGUAUCUCAAUCCCCGACAAGUCUUUGACCUGAGCCAGGGAGGGCCCAAAGAGGCACUGGAGAUGUACCGCAAAGUGCACAACCUGCGGAUCCUGGCGUGUGGAGGUGACGGCACGGUCGGCUGGAUUCUCUCUACCUUGGACCAGCUGCGCUUAAAACCGCCACCCCCUGUCGCCAUCCUGCCCCUGGGUACUGGCAAUGACUUGGCCCGCACCCUCAACUGGGGUGGGGGCUACACAGAUGAGCCUGUGUCGAAGAUCCUCUCUCAUGUAGAGGAGGGGAAUGUAGUACAGCUGGACCGCUGGGACCUCCAUGCUGAGCCUAACCCAGACGCAGGGCCUGAGGAGCGAGACGAGGGUGCCACUGACAGGCUGCCCCUGGACGUCUUCAACAACUACUUCAGCCUGGGCUUUGAUGCCCAUGUCACUCUGGAGUUUCAUGAGUCUCGAGAGGCCAAUCCAGAGAAAUUCAACAGCCGCUUUCGGAAUAAGAUGUUCUAUGCCGGGACAGCCUUCUCUGACUUCCUGAUGGGCAGCUCCAAGGACUUGGCCAAGCACAUCCGAGUGGUGGUGAGCAGGGUGGAGACAGCUGGUGGCCUAGUGGGGAGGGAGGGCAUGUGUAGGCCCCAACACCCUCCCCUGUUCUGCCUCCAGUGUGACGGAACUGACCUGACCCCCAAGAUUCAGGACCUGAAACCCCAGUGCAUUGUUUUCCUGAACAUCCCCAGGUACUGUGCAGGCACCAUGCCCUGGGGCCACCCUGGGGAGCAUCAUGACUUUGAGCCCCAGCGGCAUGAUGAUGGCUACCUCGAGGUCAUUGGCUUCACCAUGACAUCCUUGGCUGCACUGCAGGUGGGUGGCCAUGGCGAGCGACUGACUCAGUGUCGUGAGGUAGUGCUCACCACGUCCAAGGCCAUCCCAGUGCAGGUAGAUGGUGAGCCCUGCAAGCUCACAGCCUCACGCAUUCGCAUCGCCCUGCGCAACCAGGCCACCAUGGUGCAGAAAGCCAAGCGGCGAAGUGCUGCCCCACUGCACAGCGACCAGCAGCCUGUUCCGGAGCAGUUGCGGAUCCAGGUGAGCAGAGUCAGCAUGCACGACUACGAGGCGCUGCAUUAUGAUAAGGAGCAGCUCAAGGAGGCUUCUGUGCCCCUAGGCACCGUGGUGGUCCCUGGAGACAGUGACCUGGAGCUCUGCCGUGCUCUCAUCGAGAGGCUCCAGCAGGAACCUGAUGGUGCUGAAGCCAAGUCUCUGACGUGCCAGAAACUGUCCCCUAAGUGGUGCUUUCUGGACGCCACCACUGCUAGCCGCUUCUAUAGGAUCGACCGAGCCCAGGAACACCUCAACUAUGUGACUGAGAUUGCACAAGACGAGAUCUAUAUCCUGGACCCGGAGCUGCUGGGGGCAUCAGCCCGGCCUGACCUUCCAACCCCUACUUCCCCUCUCCCCACCUCACCCUGCUCUCCCACGCCCCGGUCACUGCAAGGGGAUGCCGCCCCCCCUCAAGGUGAAGAGCUGAUUGAGGCUGCCAAGAGGAACGACUUUUGUAAGCUCCAGGAGCUGCACCGAGCUGGGGGUGACAUCAUGCACCGGGAUGAGCGUGGCCGCACACUCCUCCACCAUGCAGUCGGCACCGGCAGCAAGGAGGUGGUCCGCUACCUGCUGGACCAUGCUCCUCCAGAGAUCCUUGAUGCUGUGGAAGAAAAUGGGGAGACUUGUCUGCACCAGGCCGCAGCCCUGGGCCAGCGCACCAUCUGCCACUACAUCGUGGAGGCUGGGGCCUCACUCAUGAAGACAGACCAGCAGGGCGACACUCCCCGGCAGCGGGCAGAGAAGGCUCAGGACACAGAGCUGGCUGCCUACCUGGAGAACCGGCAGCACUACCAGAUGAUCCAGCGGGAGGACCAAGAGACUGCUGUGUAGCUGGGAGGCGCAGGAGGGACAUAAGGGCCAGAGGAUGAGCUCUACUCGCCCACCUCACUGCCACAUUCCAGUUUGACCACACCAGGGCAGACCCAUGCCCCAGGGAAGGAGCCCUGUGCUGCCUCCUAAGGAGCUGCCCAGACCUAGGGCUGGACUCUGAGGAGCUAGGGGUCUCCCCUGUCCCCCUGAAGCCCCAGCCGGACCAGAGGCCCACAGGGAAACAGGAAAUGGCUGGGGCUGGACAGGUGUUUGGAGGGGACCAGGGCAGGGUCACUUCAGGGCGCCCUCUCCCGCCUGACCCUCCUGCCCCAGAGCUCCUCCUGGAAACUCUGAGCCCACUGCAUCUGCCCCGCUUGACACCCACCUCUUGACCCUCCCCACUACCCAGAUAUUUCCUCCCGGACUGUGGGGCCUGGGGUGGGGGUAUGGGGCUCUCAUGGUGACAUGUUUACAGCUGGGUGUGACUCAGUAAAGUGGAUUUUUUUC